AGAGAGAGAGAGACGUACGGAUUGCCAGACCGCGUCAGUAGUGUCAUGAUAUUACGCCACCGACGCCGAAUCCUCCUUCCCUUCUUCAUCCCUCCAAAGGCGACAAGCCCUUCAUCUCCUGGAUCGCAAUGCGGAGGAACGGCAGAAGCCAAUCCACCUCUGCUGCCUCCUCUUGACAUCUCCGGACGCAUAGUCUGUUCCGCCGCCGUAAUCGCCUGCCGAGUCCCUCCAAAUCCAGCCUGUCGCCUCUUAUUGCCUCCCAUCAAUAUACCAAGUCCUUUGGUCUUAUUUGGGCAUCUCGCCGUGGCUUAUUGCGGUUGGAGAUCCUUCGUUGCUGCAUGAGCCAGCAGCAGGUGGUUGCCUAACGUGGGAAAAAGAUCCUUUUUUUGGCAAUUUGUUUCUGGGUGGAUUUUAGUUUGAAAAGAUAAUUUUCGAUUGGAAGAUUGGAGUGUUUUGCAAAGGCGAUAUAAAGUGUUUCGGAGUUUUGAUUCAUCCUGCGAAGCUGCAUUAAGUGCUAAGGUGAGAUUGAUUGGUCUAUCGUCGAUGUUGAAGGAAAAUAGAGGGAAAAAAAAGGCGUCUUUUCUGGUUUUAGAUGAGGUUUCGACGAUUGGAGAGGGAAGGGAUUUGUUCUAGAGUUGUUGUAUAUGGGGCGCGGUGCAUAUUGGAUUCAGAGGAUGUGUCGGUUCGAGAGGGCGAUGGGAUCUGAGUGCAGAGGAGAAAGGCACCACGGGAUGAAGCCCGGAGGCGAGGGGAAGGUGGAGAAGCUGAAGAGCAGGUCCAAGCUAAAGCUUUGGAUGAUCAGGACGAUGACGACGGUGCUGCUGUGGACCUGCGUCCUCCAGCUGACGGCCCUGGGUGGGACAUGGGGGCCGAGGGUCUUGAAAGGUUGGCCAUCUUGCUUUACCCCCUCGUUUUCGCCGCUCUCCUUGAAACAAGUCACUCCGGUUGUCGAGAAGAUCGUCCUUCCGCCCAAAAGAAUCUACAGAAACAAUGGGUAUGUAAUGGUCUCAUGCAACGGUGGGCUUAAUCAGAUGCGAGGAGCGAUUUGUGAUAUGGUUGCUAUUGCAAGAUAUUUGAACGUGACACUCAUAGUACCAGAAUUGGAUAAAUCAUCAUUUUGGGCCGAUCCUAGUGAGUUCCAAGACAUUUUUGAUGUUGACCAUUUUACCGCUUCGUUGAGAGAUGAGGUAAGAAUUUUAAAAGAAUUGCCACCAAGACUAAAAAGGAGGGCUGAGCUGGGAAUGGUGUACUCUAUGCCACCUGUUAGCUGGUCUGAUAUCUCUUAUUACCAAAAUCAGAUUCUUCCUUUGAUAAAGAAGCACAAGAUUGUGCACUUCAACAGGACAGAUGCAAGGCUUGCCAAUAAUGGUCUGCCUUUAGAGAUCCAGAAGUUGCGUUGCCGAGUGAACUAUGCUGCUCUGAGAUUCACCUCUGAGAUUGAAGAGUUGGGGAGGCGGGUAAUCAGAAUUUUGCGUCAAAAUGGCCCUUUUUUGGUUCUCCAUUUACGAUAUGAAAUGGACAUGCUGGCUUUCUCUGGAUGUACUCAUGGUUGCACUAUUGAAGAGGCAGAAGAGCUGACAAGAAUGAGAUAUGCAUAUCCGUGGUGGAAAGAGAAAGUUAUCAACUCUGAACUGAAAAGGAAAGAUGGUCUCUGCCCUUUAACACCAGAAGAAACUGCUCUGAUUUUGGGGGCACUGGAUAUUGAUCGCAAUAUCCAAGUGUAUAUUGCUGCGGGAGAAAUAUAUGGUGGAAAAAGGAGAAUGGCUGCCCUUUCUGAUGCUUAUCCAAAUGUGGUGAGGAAGGAAAUAUUGCUAGGGCCCUCGGACCUUGGAUAUUUCCAAAAUCACUCCUCACAAAUGGCAGCAUUAGAUUAUAUGGUUUCUUUGGAGAGUGAUGUCUUCAUACCUACAUAUGAUGGUAACAUGGCUAAAGUGGUUGAGGGCCAUCGCAGAUACUUGGGUUUCAAGAAGACUAUUACUUUGGAUCGAAAGCUCCUGGUUGAGCUGAUCGAUCAGUACAACAAUGGAACAUUAGGAUGGGAUGACUUCUCUUCAUCAGUUAAGGCAACUCAUGCUAACCGAAUGGGAAGGCCUACCAGAAGAGUGGUGAUUCCUGAUAGACCCAAGGAAGAGGACUACUUCUAUGCCAAUCCCCAAGAGUGCCUUCAACAGCCUGAUAAGCCAUGGACAUCGCUAGUUCACCAUGAUGGUACUAAUCUAUCGAGAACACCAUUAGCCUAAUCCUUCAUGAAGGUUAUCCACGUCGACCAAGAUUGAAAAAGAGGAGAUUUUGCUUCGAAAGGACUGAUGCAAUGCAAAGAGGUUGUUGCAUCCGAGGUUCAUUCGUGCAGCUGCUGAAUAUACAUAUUUAUUACAUAUCUUUUUAAUUCUUUAAAAUAAAACCAAUUCUUGUAUAGAAAGAUGACUGUGUUCAACUAAGAGAAGAGCAGGAUCACACCGAGGUAAAUAUUCAGUUGCAUGUACAGGGCAGGAGAUGGAACAGAGAAUUAUCAACUAUCUAUCUAUCUAUCUAUCUAUCUAUCUAUCUGAAUUCAGUACCUUGUUGAAAGUUAACCCCUUUUUCUAUCUCUGAUGGUAUUGAAUCACUUGCAAAUCAGACUUUUAUUCCAGUGGAUGGAGUUAAAUGGUGAAAAAGAAUUAUUACAUGGUUAAA